GAAAGGACGCGGCCCCUGAUGUUCCCUUAUGGUGCUGCUCCAGGGAUGCUCCACCACCUCCUGCAGCCCUGCCUGGGGGGUGGGCUCAGCCCCAGCACAUGGACCCUAACUCUCCGGGUGGCACUGCUGCAGGAGGGAGCUCCAAAGAAUGAAACAGUGGCAUCCUCGCUUGAGAAAUGCAGCUGUCUUUGCAACCGCUGAUGUCUCAAUCCUCCACUUUGCUGUAAGAGUAUAGAUUCAUCUGUGCAACCACCCCACCGUGUCCUCCCCACCCAGCCACGCACCAUGCCGGAGCUGGCAGAGCUGAGCAGCCCCCGGACCCCUGCAGACGCAGACCACAUCCAGAGGAACAUCCUGGAGGAGCAUGUGGAGCUCUGGUGGUUCCAGGACCCCAAGAAGUCCAUCCUGUGCUACGGGGUGGCUGUGGCACUGAUCCUGUCCUGUGGGAUCGGGGGCAUCAUCCUGCUGUACAGCACCAGCAGUCGGUCUGGGGAGUGGCGGCUGGCUGUGGGCACCACGCUGUGCCUCCUGGCUCUGCUCGUGCUGCUGAAGCAGCUGCUGAGCUCUGCAAUCCAGGACAUGAACUGCAUCCGCAGCCGGGAUCAGAUCGAGCUCCUCAAGAGCGGCGGCUUCUCAGACUGCCUGGUGCUGCUGCUCAGCGCCCUGGUGCUGCUGGUCUGCGGGGUGGUGCUCACCAUCCUCUCCACCACGACCAUGCAGCUCAGCCCCGCGCGGCCGCUGGCCAGCAUGUUCACCAGUGGGGUUGUCCUCCUGACUGCUGGCAGCGCUAUCCUCCUCUGCCUGCUGCUCUACCUGCUCUGCACGUCCUGCCGCCAGGCUGCUCCUCGCAGCCUGGAGACCGGCGACAUCCGUGUCUUCACCAUCUCCGGCCGCCUUGCUCCAAACAGGCGGCUUCCUCCCACCUCCAGCAUGGCCAACCUGAUCUAACGCAGGACCCCCCUGUGUGAGCCUCUGGAUAUGACCCGUCAGCAGGGCUUGUGCUGGCCUUUCCUGAAGGAAAGGGGAGUGUUACUGCGUGCCUUACACUUCUUUUGGAGAUGACUGGCAUUUGCUUUGCCCCACGCUGAUGACA